GUGAGCCCCAUUCAUUUCCUGAGAACAGCGCUGAGCCACUGAGAGGCAGAGAGGGAGGGAGUCACAGAGAGAGAGAGAGAGAGCGAGAGAGAGGGGACUCUGUAAGGAAAACAGUUUCCACCGCUCUGCAGCUUCUGACAAGGCGCCAUUAAUAACAGGAUGUUAAUGCUGGACGGGAUGCCUGCAGUCCGAGUCAAAGCAGAGCCUCUGGAAUCCGAACAAGGGUCCCCAAAAGUGCACAGCUACCCAGACAUGGAGGCAGUCCCCCUCCUCUUGAGUAAAGUCAAACCCGAGCCCCCGGAGACCCUGCUGUCGUCAGAUCAGUUCCACACACAGACCGAGCCAGUGGACCUGUCAAUUAACAAGGCGCGGACCUCCCCUCCCUCGGCCCCCUUCUCCUCACAGUCCUCGCCAGUGGCGUCCGCCCUCUCCCCGUCCUCAUCCUCCUCUUCCUCUUCCUCCUCCUCGCCAUCGCCCUCUGUCAUCACCUCGGCCCCCUCUUCGGGGGUGCCCACAGUGUUAACACCCGGGCCCCUAGUGGGGCCCCCUUCGGGGGUCAGGGGGCAGCAGUUUUUGCACAUCAUCCACCCCGUCCCACCGCCGUCCAGCCCGGUCAACCUCCAGACCAGCAAGCUGUCCAGCCAUGUGCACCGCAUCCCCGUGGUGGUGCAGUCCGUGCCCCUGAUGUACACUGCCGUGCGCUCCCCCGGGAACGUCAACUCCACCAUCAUGCUACCUCUGCUGGAGGAGGGCCGCAACCAGUGCAAAGUGAAAACGGACCCUAACGGCCUGUCGCCAAGACAAAUCAAAAGUGACAGUGAUGAUGAUGACCUGCCAAAUGUGACCUUGGACAGUGUUAACGAGACAGGAUCCACUGCCCUCUCUAUAGCCAGAGCUGUGCAGGAUUCCAUGUCACCAUUCAGUAUUGAAAGCCUGCGGCGUCCGCGAAGGUCAGAAUCUCCAGACUCGAAGAAGAGACGCAUCCACAGGUGUGACUUUGAUGGCUGCAAUAAGGUGUACACCAAGAGCUCCCAUUUGAAAGCACAUCGGCGGACACACACAGGUGAGAAGCCAUACAAGUGCACCUGGGACGGCUGCACGUGGAAGUUCGCCCGCUCGGACGAGCUGACCAGGCACUACCGCAAGCACACAGGAGUCAAGCCCUUUAAGUGCGCCGACUGCGACCGCAGCUUCUCGCGCUCCGACCACCUGGCCCUGCACCGCCGCAGGCAUAUGCUGGUGUGAGGAGGGAGGGAGGAACGGACGGACGGACAGAGGGAGGGACGCGCGCGGACACACAAGGAGAGCUGGGUCUCUCCCGGCGCAAGUUCAGCUGGGCUGAACGCGUCCCCUCUGUCCCAGGCCCUGCUGAGAUGGUGGACCCAGAGGUGGCGGGGGGGGGUGACCGGAGAGGUGACAGGGUCCGGCUCCUCAUGCCCGAAGAGGAUGGCCCGCUGGCCGCGAGAUUCGCAUUUGGAGUCACGGAAACCUCUGUUACGGCACUGUUUUUUAAUCUUUCUCUAUCUCCCAAAAGCAUUUUGCUCCUCAAACAGGGCAAACAGGUAUCCACUUCAUCCUCAUCCAUGGCAAGGUCUUUUUUUUUUCAUUUCAGUUCGCAUUUUUUUUUCCUUUGGUUUGUUUUCGGUCAAGAAAGGCUGCUUUUCUGCAUCUAUAAUGUGAAAGAACACUGCAGGCAGAAUGGCUGCGUUCACAUUGGGUCAGGCGCCAGGCCAGCGCAGCCUAGGCCGGGCCCAGGACAGGUCCCUCUUCAGACAGCAUUGUUGCACAGUUUCCCCACAGCUCUCAGCUCAAGCACCUAGCACCUCACCGCUGGCUGUUGGCUCGUACCAUUGGAAAGUUUGAGAGACAGUUCUCCAAAAGCCUGGAUAACCGCGCGGGCCUGAGACUACAAAACAAUGAGGGUGGUGUUUCACACAUCCAAACUGGCAAACCAGCUAAUGAGAUUAUAACCACAAAUGGCAACGU